AAUAAUCAUAUCAUACUUUAUACCUUUUCAACGUUCUCCGCCGCGCAGAUCCAGAAAAUCUUGCUUGCUACACCAUUCUGGAAGACCUCUUGCAAUGUCAUUAAUUCACGUCCUUUUAAAUUAAAACACAGCAAUGACCGCCAUUUCCCGUCGAUUCUGUCACAACCUGCGCCAUUAUUCUUCUUCUCAAAAAUACUCGUGGAUUACCCCCAAAUUCAUCGAACCCGAAGACACUACUCCACUCAUAAAACCCCGCUGGUCUAAACCCUCACCUGCAGUCAAGAAACGGAAAAUCUCCCCUUACAAACCUCCGUCGUCACUUGACAGAACCGGCCAGAAACCCUACAGUCCGGAUCUCCAUUUUGAUUUUCAGUUCAGCUAUACUGAAACGCCGAGGGCUAAACCUAUUGGAUUCAGAGAGGCCAGAUUUUCACCAUUUGGCCCGGGUAAAAUCGACAGAGAAUGGACUGGUUGGUGUGCUCCCCAUGCCAGUUCUGAGGUUACGUCAAUCGAGGGAGAUGACGACAACCAAGAUUCUUCUCUCAAUGUUUACAAGUACGGUGGUAGAUUUAGGGAGGAGAUUUUGGGGGAGCCUCUCAGUAAGCAGGAAAUUCAAGCGCUAAUUGAUCAGUGCCGGCAGCAGAAUACCAAGCGACAGGUUAAUUUGGGUAGGGAUGGAUUGACUCAUAACAUGAUAAAUGAUAUACAUAACAAUUGGAGAUAUGCACCGGCUGUCAGAAUCAAGUGUUUGGGUGUGCCAACUGUUGACAUGAAAAAAGUUUGCUUUCAACUUGAGGACAAAACUGGUGGAAAAAUAAUUUAUCACAAUCAUAAUAUCAUCACCUUGUACAGAGGAAGAAAUUACAAACCCAAAGAAAGGCCGAUCAUUCCACUAAUGCUAUGGAAACCACACACACCUGUAUAUCCAAGGCUCAUCAAGACAACCGUUGAUGGGUUCACAGUUGCAGAAACAAAAGCGAUGAGAAAGAGAGGUCUUAACACUCCACCUUUGACAAAAUUGAAGAAGAAUGGUGUUUAUUGUGGACUUGUGCAUAAUGUACGGGAUGCCUUCAAGAAUAAUGACCUUGCAAGGAUAGAUUGUAAGGGUCUACCAAAAAGUGACUACAGGAAGAUAGGUGCUAAGCUUAGGGAUCUGGUACCAUGUGUCCUUGUUACAUUUGAAAAAGAACAAAUUGUAAUCUGGAGUGGGAAAAAUGCGGCUUUGCUAAAGACAUCAUUGUAUUUGCAAGGCUCCAAAUAUGUUCCCCUUGACAGAACAAAGUCACUGAUGAUUGUGAAGGAAUCUCCUUUAGUGCCAUUGGAAUAUUUUUCUAAUAUUUUUUUGCCUCAAAGAUUGUGCAAUGUCUCCCAUGGAGGAUGAGAUGCAGGGGAAAGUUUGAAUAUUAAGUUUUGGUUGUGUUUACAUAUGAUAUUUUGUCUAACUUGUAUAAAAUAGUUUUGUAUUGCAGAAAAAUGCCACAGGCUUUUACACAGUUUCUGUUGGGGCAAGGCCAUAUAUUGAAAAGGUUUUCCAUAUAUAUUCAAAAAUUACAUCUGACAUGAGUUUCUUGUGCCGUGUCAUUGUUCCUAGGUAUUACAUUGCUGACUUACCAGAUUUCUUUUAGUUUGGUUAGAAUUGCUGGAAAGAUAAUGGAAUCGCAUUGCUUACUCAAUAUGCUACUGGUGCUCUUCGAUGAUCUGUCUGACUUUCAUAACGGGUUCCCCUGGAAGAUUCAUGUUUUUAGGAUGCUUCAAGGUGUAAGAGUCGGUACGUCAUGUUUGUUCAUUGAUGUUUCAUUGAAUACAUUUUACCGUGUAAUUGUGAACAUUUAUUUGCAUCUCUCUCAUUUAGUCUGGUAUACCUUAGAGGACUUUUGUCAGCCUCUUAGACCCAACUUCCCAGUCAUUGUGAUUUGCAGAGGAAUUUUUUGUCACAGCUGAAUGGUUUCCUAACCAUCUUCUAGAUUGGUAGCCAUUUUGUUCAUGAGGUGCAGGCAACGAGUUCUUUGGAACAGUGUAAUAUAAAUCAUGUAUAUAAUAACAAACCUAUCAACAAAAUUAGUUUUAUAAUUUAUAUAUGAUAACUAUCAAUCUAUGUUUUAACCUAAAA